UACUGGAGAUUUUCUUUCGUCUCUCUCUCUGCUCCUAAGUGGCUGUAGCAGCCAGCGUAGCGAUGGGGGAGACGACGAUGCUGCAGCGGUGGUCGUCGUCGGUGUGGGGCGGCAUGAGCGGCAGCGGGCGGAUGCGGCUGUGGGAGAACAAGGCGUGGCUGGCGCACGCCGGCAUGGCCUUCGUCCAGAUCGCCUACGGCGGCUACCACGUCCUCACCAAGUCCGUCCUCAACGUCGGCAUGAACCAGAUCGUAUUCUGCGUCUACCGGGACCUCGUCGCGCUCGCCAUACUCGCCCCAGUCGCCUUCUUCAAAGAGAGGCGGGUGCGGCGACCGGUGACCCCGCAGCUCCUCGGGUCCUUCGCGCUUCUUGGCUUCACCGGGAUCUUCGGGAACCAGCUCCUGUUCCUGCUCGGCCUCAGCUUCACCAACGCCUCCUACGCAGCGGCUUUCCAGCCCGCCAUACCAGUCUUCACCUUUCUCUUGGCUGCAAUUGUUGGUGUUGAGGUGUUCAACGUCUUCUCCAAGGACGGCAUGGUCAAGGUUCUUGGCAUAGCCGUGUGCGUCUCUGGCGCCGUCCUCAUGGUCUUCUACCAAGGCCCCUCCUUGAUCGGCCUUGCGGGCACCAAUGCCGCGGGCGGCAACGCCCUGGGCGCCACAUCAUGGAGCAGCACCAGCUACCCUGCUCAGUGGAUCACACCAGCCAUGCUCAGUUUCGGUUUAGGAACCUGGAACAUUGGUGUCCUGUGCCUCAUCGGCAACUGCUUCCUGAUGGGGGCUUAUCUUGUCAUCCAGGCCCCGGUGCUCGUAAAAUAUCCGGCGAGCUUAUCCUUGACAGCCUACUCCUACUCAUUUGCCACCAUCUUCAUGGUGUUGACUGGGGUGUUUGCAACAAAUGGGCUCCACGAGUGGGCACUGACAGGGACAGAGAUAAUAGCCAUUCUAUAUGCUGGAAUUAUCGCAUCUUGUAUCAACUAUGCAAUCAUGACCUGGGCAAACAAGAUCCUUGGACCUUCCCUGGUUGCCCUCUACAAUCCGCUCCAACCAGCAUGUUCAACCAUCCUCUCUACUAUCUUCCUUGGAACCCCAAUUUAUCUCGGAAGUGUCAUUGGAGGCGUCUUCAUCAUUGCUGGUCUAUACAUUGUUACGUGGAUUCGUUACAAGGAAGCUCAAAGACUACUAAUGGGUAGCAGUUAUCUGACUCCUCUUCUAUUAGAGGCAGAUGGUGCACCGGAUCACAAGUCAGCAGAAAGUUCCCUCAAUGGCUCCAUUGACCCCUAGGGCAUGGAGAAGAGUCGCACUAGCAUCACCAGAAUUGCUUCAUAUAUUGGUUUCAGAUAUUCUUGUUAGAAAGCAUGUAUUUACCAUUGCUAUCAUUGGAUUAAGUUCGAUUGUAAGGAAGAUGUGUUGGAGCUGAAGUGGAUAGCAGUCAUCAUUUUCUUAGCAAAGCUACUGGCUUACAAUGUGGGGUGAUCGUUCAGCUUCAAGAGUUGUCUUCACUGGUUCAGGGCUAGCAGCGGGAGGAACAACUUCAGUUAUCAAAGCAGUUUCUUUUUUAGGCCUUGGAACUGACGCUGCAAUAGCUACUUCUAUACCAUCAAGACAACUGUUCUCCUGUGAUGAUUUCCAGCUUCGGGCUUUACAUUAGUUGAAGAAAUCAAACUAUCACUCCAAAUUCCAGUGUUCUUGCCACAGGCAAUAGGUUUUCUGGGGUGUUACUACGGCUCUAUUCUUGUAUUUGUCUUUCUACUUCCUAUGUUGCGUCCCUCUAGGGUGUCAAUUUGUCACACGGUUACAAUACUGUAUCAUUUUUUGGGAUUACUUAGCGUGGCAUUACAAAGGCGCUAGAUAUAUUUUAUAAAGGGAAUUUAUUGUCUGUGUAA